CUCCCCUCUUUCACCUGGGUUGUGUUCCAGGAAAUUGGCAGAGGCUCGGGGCCGGAGGGAGGCAGGUCCUAUGGCCAUGGCCUCUGCUGGGGGGCACGGGGCCAGAGCCCCUCGUGGCCCAGCUGCACGGGCACAGUGCCCAGCACCGGGAUCCUGGCCCCAGCAGCACCGACCCCGCUGCUGUGAUGAGGAAGGAGCAGUAAUUUACCAGCCUUGCCCCCUAAUAUCCUUCUUGGUAACAAAGAGGACAGAUGAAUGAGAGAUUAGUCAACUAAUCUCCCAAUGAAGAUGAAUCUCAAAGCUGGACCUUGUAUCCCAUUUGUGGGGCUGGGCACGCAGGAACAGAUGGGAAGUGAGCGUCAACAGAAAAUUAGGAUUUUCCUUAUGAAGUGGUCUCUCCAUUUUACUUUUUCCCUAUCUUUUUUUACAGCAAGGUCUUUUCUCUCAGUCACAACAGGUCCUCUUCUUCCAAAGUGACAUCUCAGCCCUACCUCCGUGUCCCAGCUCCCCUGACACUUCACUGCAGAUAACCCCAGUGACCGGACGACGCUGCUCUGAGGACAAAUGUUUGCGAAGCACUUUCUGAGGAUGCGAAGCACCGCAGCGAGGGUAAAGUUCAGUCCUGGUGCAGCACAGAGACUUCCAGGACCAACACCUCUGCCUCCCAGAGCGAGGCAGGACGUCACCGUGCUCAGCUCACGCUGUGAUGUGUGGGUCCCACAGCACCUGCAUGAUGUGGGGCUGCUCAGCCCAGCUUCCCAGUCACCCCCAUCGGGACAGAGCUGCCUCUGUGGAAGUCCCAGUCCUCCACUGAGCUCCCAGGCAGCUCUCAAGACCUCCCUGGGCAUUUAUUUAAGGACAGCAGGAGGGUUGAUGACUUAAAUCUUCUCGAGAGAGCUCCAUGCCGCAGCCACCAGGAGGGGAGAGGUGCUCUCCUCCAGGCACCCCGUCCCCUGCAGCAGCCGCCAGCUCCUCUCCCCUCCCAGCCAGGGCCGGAGCUGCUGCUUGCCGGGAGCUGCUCUCUGCCAAGACUCUCACUUCAGGGUUCCUGAGGCUCAGAGGAUUUGCAUGCUUUUACUUAACCCUCCUGUGUAUGGACAGCACGGCAAGGCAGGACCACUGCAGCCCGUGAGCCAGGUUUGCCCUGAAGAAGCACUGCCCACACGCAGAGAUACAAAACCACCAUCCCUGGGGACACCUGGGGAUGUCCUCUCCGAAGAAGCUGCCAGCCCAGAGCAUCCACCCCUGGCCUAUCCCCAGCGGUGCAGGGACAGGACAUCAGAACAUGCAGGGAGCGGGGCUGCACGAGCACCGAGUGCUGCGUGAGCACCGGUGAGGGGAAAGUGGGGGGAGAGGGAAAGGAGCAUGGGGUCGGUGCUUGGCUUUCCAGAACGGCUUUGCUCCCUGUUGGUUACCCAGUUUUUCCUGCCUAGCCAGCAGUGCCUUCUUUUAACGCAACAAAACCAACAAGACACAAAAAAAUGAUUGUGGCCACACCCAGGAAUUAGAGGUAUAAGCUUGAAUUUCCCCCUAUGCGACUCCGCUGAACGCCAGAAGCAAAUCGCAGCGCUCCGUCUGCGGCUGUCAAUGGAAACGGUGCAUUCAUGGAAACCCACACCAUAAAUGCACAGCUCCAAAAGUGUUAAUACCAAAAGCUUCUGCUCACCUAAGCUUAUCUCAGCCUCACCAGCGGAGCCGGCGCACAGCUUACAGACGCAGCGUGAGCAUGGCGUGGAGCUGCAACACAAAGGUCCAACUGGGUGCAAUGUUUCUCGCGCUCUUCGGGUGGGUCUCGUCCUGUGUCACCACUUUCGUGCCACUCUGGAAGAACCUCAACUUGGACUUAAACGAGCUGGAGAUCUGGACCAUGGGGCUCUGGCAGGUCUGCAUAGUCCAGGAGGAGGGAGCGACAGAGUGCAAAGCCCACGACUCCUUCCUCGCUCUGCCGCUGGAGCUGCGUGUGUCCCGAAUCCUCAUGUGCCUCUCCAAUGGGCUGGGGCUUCUCGGAUUCCUCCUUGCCAGUUUGGGCUUGGACUGCUGGAAAACAUGCGAAGGAAAACCUGAUCUAAAGAAAUGGCUCCUGCUCGCUGGAGGGGCGGCUUUCGGCACGUCAGGAAUCACCACACUGGCGCCGGUCUCCUGGGUCGCCUAUAACACGGUCCUCGAGUUUUGGGACGAAACCAUUCCCAACAUCGUCCCGCGUUGGGAAUUCGGGGAGGCGAUGUUCCUGGGGUGGUUUGCUGGAUUCUUCCUUGCAGCAGGUGGGUUGCUUCUUAUCUACACCACCUGCUUAAACAGGACUGAGACGCCGGCUGUGCCUUCAGCAGUCUGCCUGCAGCGCCCAGCGAUGGAAGGUCCAGCUGGGACAUCUCCGUGGGGUCACCGCUCACACCCCAAAGCCGCAGACCUGGUAAUCUAAGACUUUGCAGCACUGUGUCCUGUGCAGCUCCUGGCUGUUCAAAUUUCAGACAGUUCUUGCAUUUUACAGGAUGAUUUGCUAAUUCCUAAGACAGUGUUGCAGCCUUUUUCCUUCCCAUCUCUAUCUGUCUGCUUCACUUUUUUCUCUUUUUUUUUUUCAAAAGAGCAAAAGCUUUUUCUGCAACACUUGCAAACUAAACCUAGUACUGUAAGCCAAGAAGGCAAACACAGAGCAGUAAAGAGCACUUCAUGUUUGUGGUUACAUUUGCAGCAUACUCAGUGAUUACGCUAUUGCUAGCAUUCCCUGGAAAUCUCCCGUAGUCGGAAAUGUGAUCAUUGUAACACCUAUGUCCAGGCUGAAAAGCUCAUUCCAUGAAUGUCCAUUUCAUUUUGAUGUAUUCAAAAUAAAUUAUUUCAGUCACCACCUGGUAUGUUUCUGUGCUCUGAAAAUACAACUGCACCUUACACAAUGCACUGGGAAGGCUGGGGAUGAAGGGGCUGAUCUUUAAGGAGCAAGGCUGCAGUUUG